ACAUCACCCAGUUCGACAUUACUCGCCAAGUGCAUGAAGAAGAAGAAGCAAAAUGACCUGAGUCCAGAAUAAUUUGUGUAAUUCGCCGAUACGGCCGUGGAACUUGUUCCUUUUGACUUGGAUACGGAACUUGAAACUUGAACUAUGUCUUUGAUCACUCCUAAAACGAUUGUCAUCACAGCUUACCCUGGUAAACACGGUAGCAUAAGCAUGCAGUCAAAUCAAUCCGAGUACUCUCUUCUCGACUCUGUCGACUUCGACAGUGAUGGAGGAGGGGGUCCCAGGAAACGAAGACGUUUGACACACCUUUCACCAGAUGAGAAGAUGUUGAGAAGGAAACUAAAAAACCGUGUGGCAGCACAAACCGCCAGAGACAGAAAGAAAGCUCUCAUGCAAGAGCUGGAAGAAAAAGUGGCACAGCUCGAAGAAGAGAACAAACUGCUGAGAAGGCAGAAUGUUUCCUUGAAAGAAACCUCGUCGUCCCUCGCAAAAGAAAAUGCAUCACUCAAGUCUCGCCUGACAGACCCAGUACCGACGUCCAUCAAGACAGAAUCUGAACCGCCUAGGUCCGCAGCACCUGCUGUUCCUCUGCAGAAGGAGCAGGUUCAGAAUCUGUCUCGAUGGCUGGCCCAGUACUGCGCGUUUGUCAUGAUGCUGAGUCUGAUGAUCUCUUCGGGUUGCUACAAGAGCUUACAGACCUCGGAGAGUGCGAGCAACCGCAAAAGGAAGCAGUUGCGGCCCUCGCGUCGAGUGUCCGUAGAGGAGGAGCUGGUGGUAAAACAGGAAGUGGAGGUGAAGGAGGAGCCGACAGAGCCGCCCCACGUGGCGUGGUGGGGCUCUCACCAGCAGAGCUGGAAUCCCUCAAUGAACUGAUCCACAUCGACCACUACUACGUGAAGCCUCAGCCCUUGGACCUUGCCGAGGAGGUCGACGGAUCUAUGUCGUCUUCGUCGGAGGAUGAGGAAGAAGUCACAACGUCUCCCGAGUACGCUCACGAACUCGAAAGCAGCAUCGCACUCUCUACGGAUGAGGUUCCUCGUCGCACGUCGCAGGCAGCAGCAACAGUGGUGUCGUCGUCUUCAGCCGGAGUCAAACGGACUCACGCCGGGGUGCCGGUCAGAACGACCCCCUCCCCUCCCACGAUCGACGCGUCGCUGUUGUCCCAGACGUGCACCGUUGGCGUCGGGGAAUCAUCAGACUCUGCACUGAAGAGUGCCGCUGUUCCCCCCUCCCCAACCUUUUUCACAGACACCGAUGACAUCAUGGGUGGCCUGUCUGAGACGGAAAUGGAAGCGCCGUUGUCUCUGAACUUUUUAGACGAUUUAGUCCUCGACGGCCCCGAAGCUCCCGUCUCCAAACUUUUCACCACGCCGGAAAAAUCUGUGGCCGUCUCUCCACUGCAGCCCAUCGCAAAGUCUCUGGAGCUGGUCUCCCCAGAGCUGAACAGCGCCAAACUUUUGGACGAAAUUUACGAGCACUAUUUGAACUUUAAGGAUUCCUCGUCAGAUGCAUCUUCCCCUCUUUCCACGUCCAUCAGUGACCCUGACCUCCACGGUGAAACAGUGGAAGCUCUCUCCCCCCAGAGCAGCGAGGGUUCCCUCCUAGACGAUCUGUCCUGGCAUGACUCUUUUACUGAAUUAUUUCCUGAUCUUCAGUAAAAAAAAAA